AUGUGGAAGGGGAUUGUGAUCAGCGCACUGUUGGAGGCGGACUACAGCAACACAAACAGGAGGACUUUGUUGGAUAGCAGACGCGCUAGCGGCGACCUCACCUUGACUUCCUACGUCUCCGGGCCGCCGACCGCAUCGUCGAUCGCUGGAACGCAGGAUGGAGACAAGAUCUUCCCCCUGCAGGCGGUGAAGCAGCUCAAGGCGCUGAUGGACGUCGGCCCUCAGCUCGCCCAGAGCGUCGCCGAGGCCGUGUGUGCCGACCCCGUCCUGCCGCAGGCCUUCUCCCCUGUGUGCCAAGACGGAGGGGCCGCCGCGGUUUUCUCCAGGCUUGUGAAUGUCCUGUUGUCUUCGGACCCGUGCGAGAUAUGUGCCAACCCCUCCUGCUUCGGCUGCCUGGAAUGA